AUGUUCGAUUCAAUCAAGCAGUCGGUGCUGUACCAGGAGCUGAGCCUUCGCCUGGUCUUCAUUGGGUGCUUUGUCUCCCUGGGGGCCAUGGGAUUUGGAUUUGACAAUUCCUGGUGGGGAGGUGCUCUGGGUUUGUCGCCGUUUGGCAAGAAAUAUGGCGAAUGGGAUGAGGCCCAGAAUGAUUGGGCCAUCCCCGCAGAGAAACAGUCUGCUGGUACAGGUACAGGCUCUGCAGGUAUCAUCAUCGGCUGUCUCGUUGCCCCAUGGCUAUGCUCCAAUUUGGGUCGUCGACCAACUUUACUGGUUAUGGCGAGCUUUUUGGUUGUAGGUAUCAUACUUGAGGCCACAGCUAUAACUUCCUUCUGGCAGUUGGUUGUAGGUCGUGUCGUCGUCUAUUCCGGGAUUGGCCUGGCAUCGAAUGUUGUACCCAUGUAUCAAUCUGAAUGUGCACCGGCCAAAAUUCGAGGCGCUUUCUUGACUGCAUACUCAUUUUGGAACACUUUUGGUGCUUUCCUAGGCACGCUGGUCGUAUACCUAUGCCAAAGCAUGACAAGUCAAUGGGCUUAUCUCACUGUGAUUCUUUGUCAACUUCUUGUCCCUGUCGGCAUUAUCUGCUCUUACCCCUUCCUCCCCGAAACACCACGAUUUCUAGUCUACCGUGGACGGUUCGCGGAAGCCGAGCUUGCAAUCAAAGAUUUAUAUGGUCCGAACUAUAACGCCGCAGAGGAAGUGCAACUUUUGCAGCUUCAAGUCGAGGAGCAGCGCGAGCUUCAUAAGGCGACUAGCGUUAUGGACUGCUUCAAAGGCACCAACCUGCGGCGAACAAUUAUCGCCAUGGGUGUUCAGAUCUUACAGCAGGCUCAAGGAGUCUCCUUCAUCAAUAACUUCAUUUAUAACGUUAUUGUCAUUGCUUGUGGCUUAGUCGCCAAUGUGAUCUCGUUUUACACUUUUGACAAAAUUGGACGGCGCUCCAAUAUGUUCUGGGGUGCCUUCGUUAUGGCUGCAAUGAUGAUUGGCGUUGGAGGCACGACGGCAAAUGGCUACGAAGUUCUUUCUCCAAUGACACAAAACGGCUGUGUGGCCAUGUUGGUUCUUUGGUACGUCUUCUACGGUCUCUCUUGGGGACCAGGUGUUUGGAUUUUGGGCGGGGAGAUCGGCACCGGUCAAUUGCGCGAGCACACUCUGCUUCUGUCAUCCCUUGGAAGUUUCGUAACUUCAGUCCCCAUCAAUUUUGUCAAUCCUUAUGUCCAGGCUGACAUUGGUGGUCGAACUGCCAUUAUCUAUGGUAGUUUCUCCGUUGCCGCUAUGGUGUUUGUGUACUUCUUACUUCCGGAGACGAAGGACCGAUCCCUAGAGGAGCUGGAUGAGAUGUUCCAGCAGAAGGUUUCCACGCGACAGUUCAAGGGCUAUGUGUGCACUGGAUUGGGUGCUCAGAUCACACAACUGGAAAACAAGGAAGAUGUCAGCGAAAAGAAGACCAGAGAGAUUGAACAUGUCGAAGCUGCCAUUUAA